CCAAAGGCAGUGAUUAUCAGCACAAGCCCAAGGGCAAGGUGGGGCAGCCUUAUCCUCCAGCCGAAACAUCCUCGUGCCACGAGCGUGACCGAGGGGAGCCGCUGAACCGUCCCAAAUCCCUUUGACCCAGCAAUCGGUGCGGGACUGAAACGCAAACCCAGCCCUGCAACGCCGAGCUGCGCAUUAACUCCGCCGGAGCUGGGAACAAAGGUUUGGGGGCCGGAUUGGGCUUUUUAAAAUGUAUUUGCAAAGCAAACCAGCUCAGCUGAGCGGAACAAGCGUCGGUGGAGGAGCGUGAGCUGCCGGGUGGUUGCUGGGCUAUAAAAUCCCAUCCCCACCAGCGCUGGCAGGGGGAUGUGCCGGCUCCCCGAGCUCUCGUAGCGUUUCCACGUUGGCUGGGAGAGUUCUGAACAUGCGUGCUGGUCUCUGGAGGCUUUAAUCAAAUCCAGGCUCUACCAGAAAUUGCCUCGAAACUUCCAGCGAGCUGAGGAAACUGAAAGCAGCCGGAGCAAGGAGGCUCCCGGGCGGGUGUUUGAUGCUGCAGGGAUGUUGCUUUCAGCGAGGGGAUAGUCCCGGUGAGGCAGCCGGGAUGAGAGCCUACCCAUGAGCUCGGACUUCCAGCAUUACAGUUUCAGGAUGCCGAACAUCGGGUUCCAGAACCUUCCUCUCAACAUAUACAUCGUGGUUUUUGGCACAGCCAUCUUCGUCUUCAUCCUCAGUUUGCUCUUCUGUUGCUACUUGAUCAGGCUCAGGCAUCAGGCACACAAAGAGCUUUACGCCUACAAACAGGUCAUACUCAAGGAGAAGGUGAAGGAGCUGAACCUCCAUGAGAUCUGUGCCGUGUGCCUGGAGGAGUUCAAGCCCAAGGACGAGCUGGGGAUCUGUCCCUGCAAACAUGCCUUCCACAGGAAGUGCCUCAUCAAGUGGCUGGAGGUGCGGAAGGUGUGUCCCCUGUGUAACAUGCCAGUGCUGCAGCUGGCGCAGCUGCACGGGAAGCCGGACCCGGGCCCGCCGCAGGGGCCGCUGCCCGGCUCGCAGAACAUCGUAUAGUCCCUCCCGGGCCGGGCCCGGCCCGCGCCCGCCCGCGGCGCUCGGACACAACCAAAGCACUUCGGCCGCAGCUGAGCAGCCCCAAAUCCUGCCGGGAUGAAGCCUGGGCUCGGAUCCUCCGCCAGGGCCAGGAGGGGAGUCGGCGUCCUCGGCACGACAUCCUUCUUCCAGCACCUCCCUUCUCCAGCGCCGCGGCCGCCGGGAAGCGGCGCGGUGGCACCCAGCGACCUCCGGGAGCACCGCGGCGGCCCCCGAGCUCCGGCACCUCCUGCUCCCCCGAACGCGGGGCGGACCCCGCGGCAUCGCGGCCGCUUCCUGCCCCCUUCUCUUCGCCUUCGGUUCCUUUGCCUUUGCGAUUCCCACCAGGAAAUGGGGUCUCGCCCCUGGAGUCGUGCUGCGGUUGGGUGUCCCCUCGGCACCCGGUGUCACCCCCGGGAGCAGCGGGUGGUGGCUGUGUGGGUCUCCCGGGUUUGGAUUCCCCCCUCACCCUCCCGGGGGUGGCUGCCCCUCCUCCUCGGCUACCUCAGGGGCCUGCAGUCCCUGGAACGGGCACCAUCCUGGCCUCAGCUGCAGUGAGAGCCCUGGUGUGGGGGGCAGGCAAAAAAUCCCGGCCUUUGGGAUCAUCCCAUUGCUUCCAGCCUGGCCCCGGGGGUCUCUGGGCAGCGGUUUCCCUUGCCAAAACACCCCAAACUCCCCAUCAGCGCCUGGCGGGGAGCUGGGCCACCCUCUCGCCUCUCUGACCACAAGUUUUGGGUGUCCCCUGCCAUCCUCACCAGUCGCAUUCCCGGGGUUUGGGGGAGGGGGGUGUCAGUAUUACACGGCAGCGGCUUUCCCGGGGGCAGGGCUGGGGGGGCUCCUGGUGCCGUCCCCCCUCCCAAAUAACCCAGGACUGUUUAUGGAGCGUGGAGCCUCAUAGACGUGUUUGUACACUACAAAUUCUGCAGCAGAAUAUUUUUUAAAACAUUCGCUGGUUUUGGUUUUGUUUUGGUUUUUUUUCCCUCUGUUUGUUUGGGUUUUUUGUAAGCUCUAUUUUUGUAUAUUUAAUUGCUAUUUGAAAAUUCUAAUAAUGCGUCUUUUUUGCUAAUCACACUCUUCUUAAGGAAAAACCAGGAAAGAAAAAAAAAAAAAAACCAAAAAACAACCGAGAGUUUGCAUGUGAUUUGACAUGAAAUGUAAAUAAAAGCAGGUUUUGGAA